AUGCCUGCGCCCGCCCGACAUGCUCCCUCCCCAGUUGUCCUCCUGGUAUACCCAGUGACGCUACUACUGGGAUCUGUAUUCUCAGUCAUUUCGCCCAUCGCUCGCUCAACGAGGAGUUUUUCAUCCAACCCGGCUGCACCAAUGGCACCCUCCCUCGCCGCCGAUCUUCAUCUCGCCGAGAGCCCAGUCAACUACUUCGCGCGCAAGAAUAACAUCUUCAAUCUCUACUUCGUGAAGAUCGGCUGGGUAUGGCUGACUGUCGCCUUUGCAUCCCUGGUCCUCUUCCAACCUGCAUACAACCUUCCCUCCGCUUCGCACGCCCAGCAAGAAAUUCGCUUCCGCCGCUCCAUCCAAGCUUUCCUUCGCUGGUGCCUUGCCACAGUCGUAUGGUAUCUGUUGACACAAUGGUUUUUUGGCCCGGCUCUUAUUGAUCGCAGCUUUAUCAUCACUGGUGGAAAAUGCGGACAGGCCAUGGACCAGCUGGCACAGGCCAACUCCGAAAGCUCGUCUGUGGAGCUGGAGACGGUGUUUACGGCCGCUGCCUGCAAAGCGGCCGGUGGUGCUUGGAAGGGAGGACAUGAUAUCAGUGGACACGUGUUCAUGCUUGUACUGGUUACAGCACUUCUCACUUUCGAGGCGGUCGGCGCCGGUGCCGUUGCUGCGUCUCCCAGCGCUGCACCUGAAAGCGACAGUCGUGAGCGCAAAGCUAGUGACCCUUAUACCCUCUCCAACGAGGAACAGGAUGUUAGUGUUGGAGCAGGGAGGACUUGGUCGAUGCGCUUGGCCUGGGGUGUAAUAAUUCUGGGUUGGUGGAUGCUCUUCAUGACAGCUAUAUGGUUCCACACCUGGCUAGAAAAGUGGUCUGGUCUGGCCAUUGCUCUGAGCACGAUAUACGUCAUUUACAUCCUUCCGAGGAGACUUCCCCCAUGGAGGGAUAUCAUUGGCCUACCGGGCAUAUAG